AUGGCGGAACCUGAUGAGGUCGAAGAAGAUCUCUUCGCCGAUCUCUACGAUGGUGAUGAAAAUGCUGGUUCGAGUAACAACGCUGCCGCGGCUCCUAUCGCAGCCCAACAUGCUCCAAGCGACACAGCCGGGCAAUCCAACGAUGCGCCGGGCUAUGGCGAAGAGCCAGAGAUUGCUUAUGAUCCCACAUCCUUCGAUGCCGAACCCUCCGGUCAAGACCACGCCGUAACCAGUUUCGACGGCACCCAAAGCGAUGCUAGAGAGCUGGAGAGACCACACCACGAACAUAGUGGCAUCAACAUGAAAGAAGACGGGUGA